AUGGGCCCCUAUUGGUACCAAAAGCAAGGGGUUCCAUCUGGGAAAAGCGUUCAAGCAAAGCAGGUCAGCCCCCGAGGUGGUGACUUGAUUUUGAGCUGGGACGAGGAGGCUAAGCGCAUGAAGUUGUUUGGAGAGGCUGCCAUCAUCGGCGUGGGAGAUCUGUGUUUUUAG